AUGUACGACACGGCCGGCGGAGUGGUCACCGGCAUCUGCUUUGAAACGCGGAAAAAGCUGCGCGAGCGUUGGCUCGCCGAGCGGUUGAAGCGCAAGCCGGAAAUGAAGAAGAGGCACCCCACAGAAUUUCUGCGCAAAUUGGCGGUUCUGCGGCAAAAAAUCACCAAAAGUUUGGAUCGACAAGCGGCACAGCAGCAGCAGCAGCGGCACGAUAGAGGUCGUGGUCCUCCUCCUCGUGAAGAUGUAGCUGCGCCAACAUCUUCUUCUGCACCAGGGGUUCCUCAUACGGCGGCCGCUUCCUCGUCUGCACCGCAACUAGCGGCAGCUGAAACUACACCGGAGCAGACGCCCGUGAAAGAGAUUCGGAAAAAGCAAACACAUCAUGACCGGCAGCUGCACCGGGACAAUGGUCCUGUCGAGGAGGCCGAUCCAUUCCGAAAAAAUCCAUUUGAAGUUUCUCUGUUUGGCGCCCAGGACCACCAGGAAGAUUUUUCAGCUCCGGCGCGAGGGGCCCCGACGAACAACGCUUCUACUACACGGGGACCACCACGUGGACAAGAAGAUCUUGGUGGAGCAGGAAAAGCAGGAGACGAAGUACGUCCAGAACUACCCAAUGAGCAGGAAAUAAAUCUUCAGCAAGAUGAACCACAGCAGGACCAAGUCGAACAGGAGUACAUCCACCCGGUGGUGGCGACGUCGUCCUCGGAAGACGAAAGGACCAGCGGGCUUACCGACGUGGCGGCGUUUCUGGACGAGGAUUCCGAAGACCCGGACGCAAACCAGGUAAACCCCUGCGAGUUGUUUCGCCAGUAUCUGCCCACCGGAUGGCAGGAGUACGUGGCCGCGCAGCGACAGAAGCGGGGCAAGCACGAUCCCGAGGGGAAAAAGUACACGGUGAACGACGCGGCGAAAGAGAUCGCGAUUCCCAACGGUGGCUGCACGGGGCGGGAGUACGGUGAGGAAACCGAGGAGAGCCCGAACUUUCUGCGGAAGUCGAUUCUGGAACCUCCCGACGAUCGGGACGAAGUGGUGUUGUGCCGCAUUGGGGUGAACACGGUCCAUUUGGAUGAGCGGAAGCGGAACCUGAUUCUGACCAGGAACGGCGCGGAGCCGCGGACGCUAAAGAAGCUUCUGUUCGAGGAGGAAUACAAGUUGGUGCGCUGGAAGAACAUCGAGCUCCCCCAGGAGAUCUACCGGCCGUCGAAGAAGCCUUUUCGGAUGUUGCCCAUUUCGCCGCAGCCCACCUACGCCACCGCCGCGGCUGCUGCCACCGAUGCGCCGCCACCCUCGAAAAAGGAUGGCACUUCUCGCAGUAGACACAGCAGGGGGAAAAAGGCCGCUGCACCGGGUAAUAAUAGUAGUCGUGGUCAUCAUGCGAAUCCGAAUCCCAUCGAUCCCCUUCCCCGCCGCGAAAGUAGAGGAGGCAGACGCGAGGGAACAGGAGCAGAACCCGGAGCAGGGCGCCGAGAACAGCACGACUAG